GCGUAGAGAAUAGCAGAACAACAACAAAACUGGAAGGUUUGGGCUGAGACAGAAGAUUUCUUCUUUCGUUGAAAGAUGCCGUUUUAAUUUUUCUAUUCUUCUUGAACCUGCAACAAACGACAAUGGACGCUUAAAAGGAACGGUGUGUCUUUUUGCACCCCCAAAGCAUCAAUUUGGCUUUUCUUUUAUGUUUUUUUCAUUUCCUUUUGAAGAGCAGGAAAUUAAUUUCCCGUCAAAGAUGAAAGAUUUGUGUGGCGAGGAGCUAAGUAAUGAAGUAUUCAAACUCCUGAAGCAGCUACAUCUGCAUCUGGAACAGGAAGUGAAUUUUCUGCCAAAAGAAGCUGGACUGAACCUGCUUGAAGCUGCACCCGAGAAUGAUAAGAGUAUGUCAGCCAAGCAAAGAGAUGCUCAGGUUGAAGAUCUCUGGAGCCUGACUAAAUUCUUUGGUUUCAAUACCGAGACAUUUGUCCUGGCUGUUAACCUGCUUGAUCGCUUUUUGGCAAAGAUGAAGGUGCAGCCUAAACAUCUGUCCUGCAUUGGCAUCUGUUGCUUCAACAUCGCAGCAAGAGUGGUUGAGAAGGAAUGCAAUAUUCCAUCUACACAUGACAUCAUUCGCAUAAGCCAAUGCAAAUGCACUAUUUCUGACCUCACACGAAUGGAGAAGAUCAUUUCAGAAAAACUGAUGUUUCAGUUUAAAGCUAUAACUGCCUUAACAUUUUUGCACUUGUACCAUGCUGUUGCACUUUCACAUACCUCAGAAAGAAAAGAGAUUCUGAAUCUUGAGAAACUUGAAGCCCAGCUAAAAGCCUGCCAUUGCCGACUUGUGUUUUCUAAAGCAAAAGUAAGUUUCAUUUCUUACGCAUUUUACUGCUGUUUACGAUAUAAUAAUGAUGCUGUUCAUGCUUCCUUUCAAAACAAUACUUACUAUUUUUCAUUGUUUGUUUUUCAGCCUUCAGUAUUAGCCCUUUCUCUCCUCACCCUUGAAAUAGAAUCCUUAAAAUCACUCGAUCUUUUUGAAAUUGCACAACGUGUACAGCAAUAUUCAAAGAUUGAUGAUAAAGAAUUGUUUUACUGGAGAGAACUGGUAUCUAAGUGUCUGGCUGACUAUUCCUCACCCGAAUGCUGCAAACCCAACCUCAAAAAGCUUGUCUGGAUUGUUUCCCGGAGGACUGCUCAGAAUCUUCAUAGCAGCUACUAUAGCGUUCCAGAGCUUCCCACUAUUCCAGAGGGAGCCUGGGAUGAAAGUGAAAGUGAGGAUUCUUGCGAGGAUAUGAGCUGUGAAGAAUCUGAGUAGUCCUUUUGUCAGCCUUGGAAAGACUUUUUUUCUAGAUGUCCCAAACAACUGUUGUAAAUCUGCGCAAAUCUUUCAGGAUCUUCUUGCUUCAGGGCUCAGAACAGAAGUCGCACAUAAAGCAUAUGUUCUUAUUCCUAAGCUACCUGCCAGCACUUAAUUUUGGGCUGAAAGUGCCUGUUUUUACUUUUUUUUUUUUUUUUUUUUCUUCUCUCCCUCUCUAUUUGUAAAUGACAUCUCAAGAUGAAAAUGUUGGCAGCUGACUAUAUAACUCUAGUUAUGUCUUGUUUUAAGAGAGUGUUUCUUACCGAGGCAAUACUUUUUUAAUAGAUAAGUAGAACUUCUUAUACUUUUAAAUGGAGAUGUAGUAACAGUAUGUAUUUUACAAGAAUAUGUAAAAAAUUCAAUGUACUUUCACAUUCCUAAAGGUGAACAAGGCACACAGCUGCAGUAGCAAUAGUUGUUAGGUUGCUAAAAUGAACUUCUUGAAAACCUCUUAAAAGGUUGAGCUGGUUUACUACCAGUCACAAUGCCAAAAUGGUUUCUUUGCACAUUACAUUUAACUUUCAGGGUGAUGGUUUUCAUUUACAGAACCUGAAACUGUGCCUACUCCUUAUGAUGUAAGUUUUAGGGACCAUUCUAUCGUAAAAUAGUACACCGCUAGUAAAGCUGUGUAUGAUGUUGUAAACCGGGGGGAGAAGCGUAACACCAGUUGGCUUCCAAGAAGUUUACUGUGUAUGGUGCUGAAAUGAUUGCUUGUUUGUGUCACUGCAGAAUGAAUUGUCGGUUUUGUUUAGAUUUAGAAUUUGUUUUUAUUAAUUUUUGCAUGAUUAUAAAAAUAAUAUUGUGUAUGAUAUCAUAAUGUGAAGAAGUGAGUAAACGGUUGGGGAUUCUCACAUAGAGGCAAGUUGUGGGUUUUUUUUUUUUAUUAUUAUUUUUAUUUUUUUUUUAUUUUAAUAUAAAAAAGUGUUUUUGGCAUGUAUGAAACGUGACAUGUAAAGGUUCUGGGAGUGUUUUAGUUUUUUUUUCUCCAAAACAAAAAAAUACAAAAUAUAUUUUAAAAAUGUUAAAAUGCCACAAAAUGUAAAUUAAAAAAAGUGUUAAAAUGUAUAUAAAAAGCACACGUAUACAAUGGUUUUUAUUUAAAUGUAAUCGUCCUGUAGCAUUAUGUAUAGUUGCCUGUAGAUAUUAACUUAUUGUAUAUUGUUCAUAGUUAUAAAUAUUGUAAUUUUUAGUUUCUCAUGAUGUACAUAAAACUGCAGAGUCUUUAUUCAAAUUAAACUAAUUUUAUAUUUAAA